GAGACGAUAAGUGCAAUUAUUCGCUUCAAUAUACAAUUUUUUGUCUACUUUUCUCCCACUAAAGAAGACCAUUAUAAAAUCCCAGCAUUUAUAUUGUUACUCCUUGGAUCGGAGUUGCAUGAAUGUUGUUUAAUUUUAUCAAGAAGAAACCCUUCCACUUUUUCUUUGUCUACACAGCUGCAUGGCUUUACGCUUAAAUUCUUCUUCCUCAAAUAGCAUUUUGUCACCAUCUUCUUUCAGUCACGAGACUCAGACUAUACCAAAAAAAAAGCUGUUGGGGAUCUGGGUUUGUACGAACGAUUCAAGAGUUCAUCGUAACAAGCAUUUUGAGCUCAAAGCUUCGUAUGCUCAGCCGUUCAAUGCUGUUUCUCUGCAGGCUGGUGCACCGGUAAAUUCUCUAACUACAGAGCGUAUUGAGAAUCCAGCUCAAAAAGAGUACAUUCCUUUCUUAGAAACAGAGAAAGACGAGACUACUCUCAGCAUUGUUGUUAUUGGGGCUUCCGGUGACCUUUCUAGGCGAAAGAUCUUUCCUGCACUCUUUGCUCUUUUUAAUGAAGAUCGUUUGCCUGAGAAUUUUAUAAUAUUCGGUUAUGCUCGGAGUAUAAUGACUGAUAAGGAGCUAAGGAAUAUGAUCAGCAAAACCCUGACUUGUAGAGUUGACAAGAGGGAGAACUGUAAUGAGAAGAUAGAUGCAUUCUUGAAAAGAUGUUUUUACCAUUCUGGUCAAUAUAGCUCGGAAGAGCAUUUCUUGGGAUUGCACAAGAAGCUGAAAGGGAAGGAGGCUGGAAGACGAUCAAAUAGGCUGUUUUACCUAGCAGUGCCACCAAACAUGUUUGUGGAUGUGGCAAGAUGUGCCAAAUCUCGUGCUUCUUCAGAAAACGGCUGGACUCGAGUCAUUAUUGAAAAACCAUUUGGUCGCGACACGGAGUCAUCCAGGGAUCUGACCAGAGGCUUAAAAGGAUACCUGAGGGAGGACCAAAUAUUCAGAAUUGACCAUCACAUGGGUAAGGAGCUUGUGGAAAAUCUCUUGGUUCUUCGCUUUUCAAAUCUGGUUUUCGAGCCUUUAUGGUCUAGGAACUACAUCCACAAUGUACAGUUGAUUUUUUCUGAAGAUUUUGGGAUAGAGGGACAAGGCAGGUACUUUGAUAACUAUGGUGUCAUCCGGGAUAUAAUGCAAAAUCAUCUUCUGCAAACACUAGCACUGUUUGCAAUGGACACUCCUGUCAGCUUAGAUGCCGAGGACAUUAGGAAUGAGAAGGUUAAGGUUUUACGUUCCAUGAAUCCUGUUCAGCUUGAAGAUGUGGUUGUAGGUCAAUAUAAGGGUGAUUCUGAUGGCAAUACAUCAUAUCCCGCUUAUACUGAUGAAAUGACUGUGUCAAAGAAUAGCCUGACACCAACUUUUGCAGCAGCCACUCUCUUUAUAAAUAAUGCACGAUGGGAUGGAGUUCCAUUCCUGAUGAUAGCAGGCAAGGCUCUCCAUUCAAAACGAGCAGAAAUUAGAGUUCAAUUCAAAAAUGUUCCGGGUAACUUGUACAAUCGGAAGUUUGGAACCGAUUUAGAUCAAGCAAGAAAUGAGCUUGUAAUUCGCAUAGAACCUGAUGAAGCUAUAUAUCUGAAGUUCAACAACAAGGUCCCUGGUCUUGGAAUGAGAUUGGAUUGUGGUAUCGGGCUGAACUUGCUUUAUAAAGCCAGGUAUCCAAGAGAGAUACCAGAUGCAUAUGAGAGGCUGCUGAUUGAUGCAAUUGAAGGAGAGCGGCGAUUAUUCAUUAGAAGUGAUGAGCUUGAUGCAGCUUGGGCAGUAUUCACUCCAUUAUUGAAGGAAUUAGAAGAGAAGAAGGUUGCUCCAGAGCUUUACACAUACGGUAGUGGUGGUCCAGUUGGGGUGCACUAUCUUGCUGCAAAGCACAAUGUUCGCUGGGCCGAUUUUGGUUAUGAGGAAUAGUUAGUUGGGGAUCUAUUGAUUAAUUUGAGUGAAAUUCGAUGAUGAUAAGCAUUCAAAACUUCUUUCUUUUACCUUUUUCUUUUUCGCUGAGUAUAUUAUUUGUUUAGUUGAUUUUUCAUUUUAAAAAAGGGUUGUAGAUUUAGCUUCUGCAACAUGCUAGUGUACAUUAAUUUACAAAACAAGUGUACAAAUAUUGAAACGAAUAAAUAUAUAAUCCCUUUUACUUA